UUCAGUAGCAGAGAGUAGCUUCUAGAAGGAAAAAGACCCAGAGCAAAUCUUAAUUCUGAAAAUGGCGGAUGGGAAGAAGAAGAAGAAGAACAAGAACAAGAAGGGCAAGAAGGGCAAGAAGCUUCAGACCAAGCAACCCAAAGACUCACAGGUUAACCAGAUACUUUGCAAGCAUUGCAGACGCGGGUUCAUAACAAGGGAAGACUAUGACAAUCAUUCCGGAGAAGACAACACUUGCACGAUGCUUAAUGGAGCUGGGUACAACCAGUACAAGAAGAAAGCUAACAUGUCACUCGAAAGGAAGAAGAGGCUGGCUGACAAGCAGUUUCAGAAGUCAAAGAAGCUUGAGAGGAACAACAUCUAAGUUUGGUGAUAGCAGAAAUUGAAAAAUGUAGUUCAGAGAAGAACAUGUCUAGACUAUGUUACUUUCUUCAAGGUUUCCAAAGAUAUGGGUGGAUGACCAAGUGUAUUAAGAAUUUAGUCGCACUUGAGUCCCUGCUGAACUAAUAUGUUGAUUGCAUGGCUAAA